ACUUUUGCAUUGCGUUUCACCGGUUUCACCCCCGUGGCUCACAUUGUUAUCAAAGCAGAGUGACACACAAUUUAGAUCAAAAGAAUUAUCACCAAUUUAACAUUAAAUAAUAUUUCUAAAAUGUCCGAUAAUGAAGAAAAUCAAUCACAUGAAGACGAUAUUCCCGUGGAAAAUUUUGAUCCAGAGGAUACUUUUAAAAUAUUACUUGCAACUGAUUGUCAUUUAGGUUAUGAACGAACAACAAAACGAGAUCAACUAGACGACAGUUUAAUAACAUUCGAAGAGAUUUUAAAAUUGGCAGUGGAAAAUGAAGUUGAUUUUAUUUUACUAGGAGGUGAUUUGUUCCAUGAAACAAAACCACCUCAAGAUAUAAUUGCAAAAUGUAUUUCAUUGCUUAAAAAAUAUUGUAUGGGAACUCGCAAUAUUAAAAUUCAAAUGCUUACUGAUCCAGAACUAAUUUUUAAGGAUUGCAGUAAUAAAACUGUAAAUUUUGAAGAUCCAAAUCUUAAUAUUAGCAUACCAGUUUUCUCGAUUCAUGGAAAUCACGAUGAUCCAAGUUCCGGAGCAACGGGUUCAUUAGAUCUUUUAUCCGAAACAGGUUUAGUGAAUUAUUUUGGAAAAUGGACAAAUUUAGAGAAAGUGGAAAUUGCGCCAUUGAUUUUAAAAAAAGGACAAACUUACAUUUCCCUCUAUGGACUAAGUUAUAUAAAUGAUAAAAGAUUAGCAAGACUUAUGCGAGAUGGCAAUUUUAAAAUGUUAAGAGCAACAGAAAUUCCCGAAAGUUUCAAUAUGUUUGUUCUACAUCAAAAUCGAGUGUGUCAUGGAAAAUUCAAUAAUUUAACUUACGUGAAACAAGAUAAAUUGCCAAAAUUUCUUAAAUUUGUUAUGUGGGGCCACGAGCAUGAAUGUCGAAUUCAACCCGAAGAAGUUGAAGGCGAUGCAAAAUAUUUUAUUUCACAGCCAGGAAGUUCUGUAGCAACAUCGUUGAGCGAUGCCGAAGCAGUUCCUAAACAAGUUGGUUUAUUAUCGAUUCACAAAACGUAUUUUAAAUUAAAAGCUCUAGAAUUAAAAACAGUAAGACCAUUUGUACUUGGUAAUGUUGUUGUUGACAAGGAUAUGCCCGAUUUAAUUAAUAAAAGCGAAGAAUUAUGGCCUGAUCUAAUUUUAAAAUACGUUCGCGAUUAUAUUGAAGACGAAAUGAUACCACGUGCUGCGAAUCUUUUAACAGGACAUCCUGAACAACCAACAUUGCCGUUAAUUAGAGUCAAAGUACACAUAUCCAAAGACGAACAACGAUUUGAAAAUAAUAAAAUUUCUCAAAUAUUCUGCGAAGAUGUUGCGAAUCCUAUGGAUAUUAUACUUUUUGUCAAAGAUUCAAGAAGGCAUGCAUUUUUAGAUACAAAAUUUGAUAAUAUGGGUCCAUCUAGAUUUUUUGACUUCGAAGAUAUCUACGAUGAAAAAGAAUGGAAUAAAACGGUUCAAGAUGGAAUUUGUAAAUAUUUCGCCGAGGAUCAAAAUUCUGAAAAAUUGACAGUUUUUACUGUUAAUGAACUCAAUGAUGCUUUGUCACAAUUCACUGAUCAUUCAAAUCUUCAAGCAUUUGAAACACUUGUGCAAGAUCAAAAACAAUCAUUUGUCGAAUAUUUAAGUAAAUUAAAUAUUGAUUUUAAUGAUGAGAAGAAUAUUUUGGAAAAAAUGAAAGAAUUCCAAAGUAAUCGAUUAGUAAACAGUGGAGAAAACGAAGAGUUUCUACGAAUGCGUGAAGAAGCAUCAAAAAGACGAAAGGAAAGAGAAGAGCGUGAAAAUGUUAAUAGAAAUGUUGAUAAUGGUGAUGAAGAUGAUGUUUUAAAUGUUCCAACUAAAACGAGAGGUAGAGGUCGAGGUAGAGGCGCAAGAGGAAGUGGAAGAUUGCAAACAGUUGUUAUUUCCGAUGACGAUAUGGAAGACGAUGAAGAACCUCAACCAACGAAAAGUCGAGGUAGAGGACGUGGCAGAGGUCGAGCUCGAGGUGAAACAACAACAACAAGAAAACCUCGAGGAAGAGCAACGCCAAAAGCUGCCAAUUCUUCUGCAAAUCUUCGUAAUUUCUUAGACAUCACUACCUCUAGAACAUCGACCAGAACUAGUAGAUCAAUGGUUGUUGAUGAUGCAGACGAUGAUGAAUUUGUUGACUCCGAUUAAAUCAUCAACAUGAGAAAAAUUUGGAAGCUUUUACCAAUUUUAAAAAUCUAAUUAUAAAAUUGUUUUUUUUUCUACUUACUGUAUUUAUUACGUUUCGUUCGUGUUUAUUUCAUUUUAAUUAAGUAUUUUCAUUACAAAAAAAAACUCAACAAUGUAGUAAUUUGUACCUGCAAAAAUAUUUCUAUUUUUUAAUUAAAAAUAUGUAAAUUCUACUUAUAUUUUUGUACUAUUGUUAAUAAAUUUGUAUGCUUUGAUAAA